AUGUAUGGACCAGUAUUUGGAUCAAGUGAUUUAGAGAUGAAAGAACAAUUUAAUUGGUCAGCACAAGCUCACACAUAUGAAAAAAGAAUUAUUAAUAUUCAAGGAUUUUCUGUAGAUGAAUAUGAAGUUUUUCAAAAACCUUCAUUGGCCGAAGCUAUCACGAAACUUUUAGCACCUGGUGGACAGAAUUUCGCGGUUCUUCUUUUAAAUAUAAAUUCAAAUUUACUGCUUUUGGAUUUUGAUCGUAAACACAAUAAUUGGGAUAUUGAUCCAAUAUUAUUAUUUGAUGCAUCUACUGUAAAACAAGAAAGUUCAAAGAGUAUUUGUCGACAUCUUCAACAGGAAUCAAAAGAUGUUGAUUAUGUCGUACUUUGGUUAGAUUGUGAUCGGGAAGGUGAAAACAUAUGUUUUGAAGUUAUCGACAAUGUACGUAAUAAUAUGAAAUCAUCUCCUGGAGAAACUAAAGAAAGUAGAAUUUUACGUGCUAAAUUUUCCGCUAUCACAAAAGUUGAUAUUCGAAGAGCUAUGGAUAAUUUAAUUUAUCCAAAUAAGAAUGAAGCUUUAGCGGUGGAUGCUCGUCAAGAGUUAGAUCUUAAAAUUGGAUGCGCAUUUACAAGAUUUCAAACUAGAUUUUUUCAAGGAAAAUAUGGAAAUCUUGAUUCUAGUGUAAUUUCAUAUGGUCCAUGUCAAACUCCCACUCUUUCAUUUUGUGUUUCGAGAUAUGAUCAAAUUCAAUCUUUUAGUCCUGAAUCAUAUUGGUCAUUAGCUGUAACUGUCGCUAAUAAUGAACAAGACUUGAAUGUUAAUUGGGAAAGAGCUAGAGUUUUUGAUAAACAAGUAACAAAUUUAUUUCUGGAUACAAUUAAAGAUUUUAAAGAAGCAAAAGUUGUUUCUGUUAAUUCGGUACAUAAGACAAGAUCAAGACCACAUGCUUUGAACACGGUGGAAUUAUUAAAAUUUGGAUCAUCAUAUCUUGGAAUUGGACCAAAUGAAACAAUGUCUAUAGCGGAACGACUUUAUAUCCAAGGUUAUGUUUCAUAUCCAAGAACAGAAACUACCACAUAUUCAAAAAAUUUUGAUAUCUAUGAAGUUUUAAGAACUUUAUCCAAUCAUUCUUCAGGAAUUGAACAUCCAUCGGGAGGAACUGAUGUUGGGGAUCAUCCACCCAUAACACCAAUGAAAGUGGCACAUGAAAAUAUUGAAUUAUUUGGAGAUUCAUGGAAAGUUUAUAAUUAUAUUACUAGACAUUUUUUGGGUUCUGUAAGUUCCAAUCAGAAAUAUUUAAAAACCAAUGUCAUUAUUAAAAUUGGGGACGAAAAUUUUGAGACGUCUGGAACACGAACUACGGAACCGGGAUUUACCACGAUAAUGAAUUGGCAUUCGAAAUCUGAUAAAAAUAUUCCGGAUUUUCGGUUAGGUGAAAUAUUAAAAGUGAAGAGUAUUAAAAUAGCAGAAGGACAAACUAGUCCACCUGAUUAUUUAACUGAAAGUGAAGUUAUCAGUCUGAUGGAAAAACAUGGUAUAGGAACUGAUGCUUCAAUACCAGUUCAUAUUAAUAACAUUUAUUUAUCUCUUCCUACAAUGCGAAGUGAUGUCGAGAAGCAAUUAAAUUAUAUAGCAAAUGGACAAGCUAAUCAUUCAGAAGUUUUAGAACAUUCAAUAAAUUUAUUUAGAGCAAAAUUUAAAUAUUUUAGAGAAAAGAUUGAACUUAUGGAUGAAUUAUUCGAAGCUACUUUUUCACCACUUGCCGCAACAGGAAAAGUUUUGUCAAAAUGUGGAAAAUGUAAACGUCCCCAACGUUUACAUUGUCCAAAUUGUAGUGAAACUUAUUCUUUACCCCAAAACGGAAGCAUAAAGCUUUAUAAAGAACUUCGAUGCCCACUUGAUGAUUUUGAAUUGGUAUUAUUCUCUACCGGGUCUAAAAGUGUUGGGUACCCUUUAUGCCCUUAUUGUUAUAAUCACCCACCUUUUGAAGAUGCUAGAAAAGUUUGUUCAUGUCAAUUGGAAUCAUGUAAUGGUCAAAUGGUAUUAGAUGCCACAUCUGCACCAAGAUGGAAAUUAUCUUGUAAUGGAUGUGUGUCAUUUUUAAAAGAUGAAACUUGUGAUAAUGAAGAUUGUAGUGCAACCAUUUUAAAAAUUGAAUAUCUUGAAAAGCAAAAUAAAAAACCAAUAGAAGGGUGUAUUAUGUGUGAUGAAGAAGUUUCUGAAUUAUUGGAUAACAAGAUUGGCAUUGCUGGUAGUAAUAAUAAUAAUAGAGGAGGAUGGAGGAGAGGAAGAAGGGGUGGAAGAAGAGGUAGAGGUCGUGGAGGUCAUAGGAGAGGUAGAGGAAAUAGGAGAGGGGGAGGAAGAACUCGGGGAUGA